CUGAAGGAGGCCAACUUUACCAGGUUGUGUAGUUCGAGAAGUAUGUUGGUUGUGAAUGAUAGUUUUCCAGGUCCAGUUAUUCAUUAUUUGUCAACGUCCAGAAUGAAGGAAAUUAUGGCGCAUGGAGUGAAACAACCAAGAAAUCCAUGGUCAGAUGGACCAGAAUAUAUCACACAGUGUGCUAUACAACCAGGAACAAAUUUUACCUAUGAAGUUAUAUUUUCUAUCGAGGAAGGAACUCUUUGGUGGCAUGCUCAUAGUGAUUGGACAAGGAGCACUGUUCAUGGUGCCAUUGUUGUAUAUCCAAGGCUGGGCACUACUUAUCCAUUUCCUAAACCUGAUGAAGAAGAAAUCAUAAUUUUAGGGUCUUGGUACAAGGGAGAUGUAAACUAUUUACUUUUAGAAGACCUUCAAGAAGGUGGACCAUUACCGGUGUCGGAUGCAUAUCUCAUCAAUGGCCAACCUGGAGACUUUUGCAAUUGUUCUAAAGGUACUUCCUCUUCCUUUAUCUCUUAA